UACCCACUUUGGCGGAGUUUCCGAAUUUUUUCAAUGCAAACACCUAAAAGUCCCCGAAAGUAACGCAGCAACCCAUAAAUAGCAGUAUAGAAAUUAGCAGAAUGUGUUGAGCAUCUACCCAUACCGUAAAAUAGUAUAUCAGUACCUUCAAUGUUGUGAAAUAAUCGCCUGAAGUGAAAGUGAACUAUAUCAGAACCUGUGACCUUGACCUUCAGUCAGGCAGAAAGACAGAAACUGACAUAGUGCAAAAUAUGGCAGAAGUUGGGCCAUUUGUGCAGGCUGUCCUUGCUGCAGCAGGAAAAAGUGAAAAAGAAGACAUCUCUCAGAAGAUGGGGAAACUGUCAAAAAAAAUCGAGGAUGUCAAAUAUGAGGUGUACCAUGCCCUACAUGAUGAGUAUGAUGAAUUCAUCCCGAACUUGACGGCCACUCUGGAGUUGAGCAAUCAAGUCAGAACUGUGUCCGAGGAUAUGCAGUCUCUAUCAGCGAGAAUUGAAAGAGAGAUCCAGAGUCAGCUGAAUGUGUCCGCCACGGAAUAUCAAGAUCUUUCAAGUCGGCUGCAAGAGUCGAAUGGAAUCCUUGGCAUACUGGACAAACUGGUGAAAAUCCACGACUCCCUACAAGCUGUGAAGAAGUCCCUGGCGCAAAAUGAGUUUGUCACUUGUGCAAAUAGCCUCGACAAAAUUCACGAAUUGGUUGCCUCGCCAGUUGACGAUCGCUCAAAGGACAUAAAAAUUCUCAGUGCGCUAAAAACCGAGUACACAGUUCAACGCGAAACACUCAAACACAACAUCGGUGAAACGUGGAAAGAUAAUGUAAUUUGGUUGGUUCCAGAAAAAGGAGACACAAAUUCUGGUGUUGUUGACCUCUGUGUGCGCUGUCCUUGUGAUAGUGAUAAUCUAUUGGUGAAUAUCCUCCAGGGGAUGGAACGAGUUGAUAUUCUGCAAAUCGAACUCAAGAAAUUUGCAUAUAAACUUAUAAAGCAUGUGAUUACACCGAUAAUCCUGAACAGCAACAGUGCUGUCAGUGUGAUGAAAAAGAAAGGGCAGUGCCUAAAAGUGGUGUGUUCAAACUCUGGUAAAGUUGCUACACCACAGGAAACUUUCAGUAAUCUUACUGCUGUUCUUGACUUCAUUCAGCAAUACAUUUUCUCUGUUGACCUGCAAAAUGGGCAGACGACUCUGCAGAGGUUAGGUUUGGUAUUGUCCAAAGAUAUGCUGAGUUUGAUCAUUGAACACUGUCUGGCACCGUCGAUACCCACCAACACUCGUGAUUUGGAGCCGUAUAAAGCAGUCGUCCAAGCCACGGAAGAGUUUCAGGAGAAACUCUCCUGCUGUGCGCUAAUUGGGAAGGAAAAUGAUGAACUUGUGAAGUAUGUUAGUAAUAUCAAUGUGCUAUUUGCUAACAAGAAGUGCCAAGAUUUACUCCAGAAGGCGCGGACUUUGAUGACCGCUGAAAUUCACAGCAUGGUGCUGGUGACGGAGGAAGAGGGGCUGGGAGAUUCAGCCCCUGGCAGUGAGGAGAAGGCGAAGAGGUUGAAAAAAGCAGAGGCGGUGUAUAGGAGUGGCCACCUCAGUGGGAGCACGUUCAAACUGCCAAAGUGUUUCAUCAGUGUUUCUGUCCAAAGUCUGGUGACACUUGCCUAUGAGACGCUCCAUGAAGCUUGCACAAGCAGCCAGCAGUGUGCAGUCCAGCUGUUCUAUACUGUGCGCAACAUGUUUGAGCUUUACUCCACAGUAGUGCCGACAUUCCAUCGAGAUAGUCUAACUAAACUACCUCAGUUGGCAGCCCUUCACCACAACAACUGCAUGUAUAUCGCCCACAACCUGACCACCCUUGGCCAUCAGUUCAGGCAGCUGCUGGCAGAAUCUCUCCAACACGGCACGGCCACGUUCUUAGAUUACGUUCCGAUGAUCAGACAACUUGGCACCGAUUGUCUCCUUGGACAGAUGUCCAGGCAGAAAGAGCAGUUGAUGGAGUGUCUCCAAGGGGCGAAUGGUUUCACUAAUGUGGCUGAAAGUGACUCGUCAGAAUCAUCUGAGAGGGCAGUCAAGCAAGUCUUGUUCCAGCUGUCCCACCUCCAGAAUGUCUGGCAAGAAGUGCUCCCCGAAACUGUCUACUUCAAAGCAAUGGGAACCCUACUGAAUUCCACAGUCGUCGAAAUAAUAAAUUGUAUCACGGCCCUUGAGGACAUUUCAGCAGACGACGCCACCCUCCUCCACAGCCUCUUCUCCAUCAUCGUGGACAGGGCCAGCAGCUACUUCAAAUCGGAGAACGCAGAAAAUAACGCACUCGCGUCACUGCAGAAAUAUACUCCAAAAUGGAACAAGUUCAAAGAAAUGCUUCUCGUUCUGAAUGCCGGCUUGGUGGAGAUUUCCGACCGUUGGGCUGAUGGAAAAGGACCGCUUGCUAAUGAGUUCUCUCCGGCCGAAGUGAAGCAGCUGAUUAGAGCGCUGUUUCAGAAUACCGAUAGACGUUCGGCUGUGCUUUCGAGGAUAAAGUAAAAAAUAUAAAUAAUUUGCCGAACUUUGGAUCAUUGAAACAUCUUUGAUUAUAUAUUUCAGUCUGGUGUAAGUUAUCACUAGUACUUCUACCAAUUUAAGGGAGUGACUUUGCUUUGUAGUUGACUGCAUGAUGAUACAUACUGAUUAAACAUGUUAAGGUUGUGUAAUGAAUUUCAUAAUAGUUGUACAUGUACAUGUUUAAAAACUUGUAUAAAAUGAGCUUCUGUGCUUACAUAAACCAUCAAGGAUGGAUUCGAAGGCUAUUUUAAAGCUGUUCAUUCAUUAAUCUGUGUUAUUAUGGUGAUAACGCAUAAUAUCCUAGUGUAGGCUCAGCUCUCAAUUUGAUAUUUAUAAAGUGAUUUUCUGUUCAUCCAUUAUUUAGAAUAAUCAUGAAUACUUCUCUA